AAAAUAAUGAAUUUAAAAUGCCUCUCAGAGAGACACACUGCUCAAAGUCAAAUGAGAAAUGUGUAACAUCCAGUGCAAUUAAUGAAUUUAAGUCAAAUACGAAUGUAAAAUGUGUGCAGCUGGCUGCUCCUUGUUUGCUUGAUGAGCAUAAAAAAGAAUUCCGAAGUUCUUUUGUAAAUGUUGAGAAGGAGAACUCCCCUGCUGGCCAGGUCUACUGCUUUGAUUCCCAAUUUCAAUCGCAGUCACUGAGUAAUGAACAAUACAAGAUUAACUCUUCUGGUCAUCAGAGAUUAAAAAGGGUGUUUUCAAAACAACAUGGAACUCUUGGCAGUGAAAGUCUUCAGGUAACAAGCCGAGCUUCAUGUAGACCGACAAGUUUACAAAGCUCCAAGUUGAUAACAGAGCUAGAGACAUCGGAACAAGAACAUGAAUCCAACAGCAGCAUUGGUGAUUUCUCCCCACCGUCAGACACGAACCACCAGAUACAUGUACAAUCCCCAACGGACCCUUUACUUCUCUCCUCCUGGGGCUUGCCCGAGCAGGUCCUGGCCCAGUACCACCGCCGCCACAUCACCCAGAUGUUUCCCUGGCAGGUCGAGUGCCUCACUAAGGGCAAGGUGUUGGACGGGGGAAACCUGGUCUACUCAGCCCCCACCAGCGCUGGCAAGACCCUGGUGGCCGAGCUGCUAAUCUUGAAGAGGGUAUUGGAGACCAAGAAGAAAGCCCUCCUGAUUCUGCCGUUCGUCUCUGUGGCAAGGGAAAAAAUGUUCUACUUGCAGGGCAUGUUUCAAGAUGCAGGAGUCCGUGUUGGUGGGUACAUGGGUAGUGAGUCACCUACUGGUGGGUUCAAGGCAAUUGACCUUGCUGUGUGUACCAUUGAGAAAGCUAACAGUCUUGUAAAUAGACUACUGGAGGAGAACGAAGUCCAUCAACUGGGCAUCAUCGUGGUUGAUGAGCUGCACAUGGUGGGAGAUGCCCACAGAGGGUAUCUCUUGGAGUUGCUCCUCACAAAGGUCCGCUACAUCACCAAGAAGGCACACCACGCUGCAAAGACACCACAGGCAGCCACUGUGGAUAAAAGUGCAACGUGCCCCCUACCCACCAACUCAAUCCAGAUUGUGGGAAUGAGUGCUACCCUCCCCAACUUAGACCAUUUGGCCCAGUGGCUGGAUGCCGACCUCUACCGCACUGACUUCCGUCCUGUGCCUCUGACCCAGUGCCUAAAAGUAGGUCAGGCGAUCUAUGACUCCUCCUUUACCAAGUUGCGGGAGGUGGACCCGCCCCAAGGCCCCACUCGCCGGGGGGAUGAGGACCAGAUACUGUCACUGUGUCUGGAAACACUGGCUGUUGGCUGUUCCGUCCUCAUCUUUUGCCCAACGAAGAACUGGUGCGAGAAGCUGGCUGAGAACUUGGCCCAGGAGAUUGCACGAUUAAAUGAGUGCAUGUCUGUAGAUCUCAACAAGAAAUCACUCCAAGAUGUCCUGGAGCAGCUCAGGAGAAGCCCAGUGGGUCUGGAUGCGGUCCUCAAGAGAACGAUACCAUGGGGUGUAGCCUACCACCAUGCUGGUCUGAGCUUUGAUGAGCGAGAUAUCAUUGAGGGUGCCUUCCGCCAGAUCACAGUCAAGAUCUUGGUGGCCACUUCCACUCUGUCCUCGGGGGUGAACCUCCCAGCUCGGAGGGUCAUCAUCCGCAGCCUCAUGUUCAACAGGAAGGUACUGGACCCUCUAGUCUACCAGCAGAUGGCCGGACGGGCAGGCAGGAAAGGGGUAGAUACUGAAGGGGAGAGCAUCUUGAUAUGUAAGCCCAGUGAGCGAGACAAGGCCGCCCGGCUUCUGCAGGCUCCUCUGCCUCCUGUACGGAGCUGUCUGAAGAAACAAGGACAGGCCUUGAGUAACUCCAUGAAACGGGCCAUCUUAGAGGUGAUUGCCAGCGGGGCUGCUUGUACCCCAGAUGAGGUGUCUUGCUAUGCCAGCUGUACUCUGCUAGCAGUGGGUUUAACACCAGGUCCUACAGAUCAAGAGAACGCACCUGCCAAUGACGGGGGAAGCACAGCAGGGGCCAUCCAGAAAUGUGUCCAGUUUCUGCAGCAACAGGAGUUAGUAAUACUCCAGAAGGUUCAAACCGGUGAAGUAUUUCGGGAAGUAUUCAGACCCACCCAGCUGGGCAGUGCUACCUUAACCUCUGCCUUGUCCCCUGACGAAGCCUUGGUGGUCUUCUCUGAGCUGCAGAGAGCUCGUAAGAACUUUGUCCUUGAGAAUGAUCUCCAUCUCCUCUACCAGGUAACUCCCAUCUAUGACCAAGGCUUCCAGCCUGACUGGUACCAGUUCAUGUGCACCUGGGAGAACCUGCCCACCGACCAGCGCCGUGUGGCAGAGCUGGUGGGGGUAGAGGAGCGCUUCCUGAUCCGGGCCGCCCAGGGUGCCCUCUCCACCCACAGUGCCCGGUUGCAGCACUCGCUGGCCAUCCACAAACGCUUCUACACCACGUUGAUCCUCAAUGACUUAGUGAGAGAGAUGCCAGUGGUGGUGGCUGCCCAGAAGUACGGCUGCGCCCGAGGGCAGCUACAGAGCCUGCAGCAGUCGGCUGCAACGUUUGCAGGUAUGGUGACGACAUUCUGCAGUAAGCUGGGCUGGACCAACAUGGAACUUCUCUUGGCCCAGUUUCAGAGCCGUCUGACCUUUGGUGUGCAGCGGGAACUCUGUGACCUGGUACGGAUCUCUCUCCUCAAUGCCUUCCGUGCCAGGCUUCUGUUCAACAGUGGUUUUGCUUCUGUUGCUGCUCUGGCUGCAGCUAAGCCUUCUGACCUGGAGAAUGUGUUACGACGGGCUGUACCAUUCCAGAGCUCACGUAAAGCCAUCGACGAGCAGGAAUAUGAAGUUGAAGAGAGAAAGCAGUCUCGCUGCAUCUGGGCCACAGGGAGUAAGGGCCUGACGGAGCAGCAGGCUGCCCUAAUGAUAGUCCAGGAAGCUAAGGAUCUUCUCAAGGUAGACCUAGGAGCUCUUGGUGUUGAGUGGAAACCACAAGAAGAUCUUUCACCAAGAUCCGAGGAUGACGGUGAUAGAAGUCGAAACGAAAUGAGGACAUCACUGUCGAGAAUUAAGCCUCCAAGGACUGACUGUGAAACAAAUCAUCAACCCUCAUCUUUUGUCCAGGAAACAGCUGUGGGGAUCAAAUUGAUGCAACAGGAAGGGACUUCUCAACCUAGAAGAUCUGCCAAUGAUGCUGACAAGAUUCAGAAGGAAAGGGUAUUACAGGAAGUAACUCAGCUGCCUAAUACCAACCUUUGUACAUCUGUGGUUUGUUCAAAAGCUACUAACUCAUCAACAGUAGCAGACUACAAUGAAGACCUGCCAAAUGAAUCAGUUGGAACUCUAGGGUCUUCAGGAUCCACCGAAAAGUGCCAGGAGGAUGGGCCUCCACUCCAACCAUCUUCCCUCGGUCAGACUGCUACUCUUGAUACUGUAAUGGAAAAUGAAGCACCACUCUGUGCAUCCUGCUCCCAAACAAAGCCACUAAAGAAUCACAAUUGUUCAGUGCACAAGACUGGUGCAGCUAGUGCCUGUGCUGGGGUACCGGGUCAAGGAACAAUUUUAACAGUUCAUGCUGAUGUUCACUUUGAUGCUUCAUCUUCAGGAAAAACAUGCGUCUGUGCUCCAAAGCCUACAUGUAGCUCCUCCGCAAAAUGUGAAAUCUACCCUGAAAAUGCAUUCAAACCACGGGUACUUGCCCAUGCUUCUAACGACAGUAGGAAGUCCAGUUUAGAGGUGCUUGAUGGCUGCCAUUCUAUUAUUCCAGUUAGUCUCCAGUCAUACAAUCAGUCAAUGGCAUUUACUAGUGAAAAUUCUAUUGACCAGAUCAAUGCCAAUCAAGUUGUGGCUUCAGAAUCACAUGCACGUAGUGUCAUCGAAGGGCCUGCCAAAUGUUGUGCUACAUGUACUCCCAAAGCAGCCAAACAUCAAAACCAACAAGUUAUCCAUCAAACAUCUCCAGAAUUGUUUUCCUGCCCUAACAGUCCUCCAGUCAUCCAAGGCGGGACUCCCAAUCCAAACCAUGAUAAUCCCUCCACCAAGAACCUUGCCCCAAUAUCUCCAGAUUUUUCUCCUCUUGACUCCCAAAUGCUUCAUUUCCUAGAGCAGCAAGAACGUGCUCACCUUUCAGAAAAAUCAGGAACUGGUUUUCAGAGGUCUGUUCCAGCGGCCCAAGAAACACUUUCUUCCGGCCUUCAAAACCAGAAGCAACCUUCUGAGACUACACGCACAAAUGUCAUGAAUUCUGUGAAGCAGGAGCCGCACGUCUCUCUGACCUUUUCUACAGUCGAUCCUGAGGUUCUGAGACUUGUGGAUCACUUCCAUGAAGGGGAGUCUAAUAAAAAGGUUCAACAAGACCAGCAGCUGAAACAGGAUGACGACAAAACUACCAUCUCAUCAUUAAAGACCCAUCAGUCAUCACCGUCUUACUCUCCGCUGGAUUCCCAGGCCUUGCUGUUCAAUGAAAGCACAGCAAGUGAGAUUGAGCCAUCACAUAGCCAGGCAUCAGUCCAUACAAAAAUAGGGGACGGUGGUCUGCACUUUACAUCCUUCCCAACCCUGGACUCUCAGGUUUUGAAGCUCAUUGACGGAUUUCACACCUCUAAAAACGACCUUGAUGCAGAAUCAGCCUCCCCUGCCUUGAAGUCUUACAGCAGGCAACAACUGGCCAAUCAGGGCACCAGCCAAAGGCCAAUACUCAAGAGUGCUCAGAGAAAAAGUAUCGUGAAGAAAAGUUCACACAAGAAACAGAAGCUUGUCUUGACCUUUUGUCAGGCUGAAUCACCAUACUCUGAAUUUUUCCAAGAGGAGGAGAUGUCACUGGAUCUAGCAGAAACUCUUGAGUGUUCCUUUGUCAUUGAUAAAACGGAGCCAUUUUUGGAAGGUGAAAGCACUGCUGAAAAUGCUUCCAACAAGCAUCCAAACACAAAUGUCCAACACCUUAAACCAAAGGGUGGUGAUCCUUGUUGUCUGAGCUACAGACGGCAAUCAGGCUGUGGCAAAUGCGCAGAAGGUUGGGCCUCGGCAAGUGUAGGCAGAGAAGAGCCUCUCGUCUACUCGCAGCUGGAGGCUAACUUGGCUCUUCCACCCGAAUGGAAUGACUCUUUAUCCUUUGAUGAGGAGGGAGGGGCCACUGCACCUCUGCCCAAGUCAAGUCCUGUCCAGAAUGCACAGGUUGACAUUCGUGCGUCUGUUAGUGAAUUUGCAUUGGAGCCCGAGCAGGAACAACAGAUCUUGCCCUCCAAUGGCAAUUUCAACACUUGUAUCAUAAAAACCUCUGCAAAAACCUCACACAUCAGUGAAAAAGGCAGAAGGUCUGUCACAGCACUGAAGAAGAGGCUCCAGUGUAGGAAACCAAGAGUUGGGGAAACAUCUGCCUUGGAUGCCAUCAGUGACCAAUUAAGCCCUGGCACCAUUGAAAUGUUAGAUUUCUUUGCCGGAGAUUCAUUUUCUAGCACGUCUUCACCAGCCACUGAGACUAAAUGCAGGACUCGUUCUUGUAGAAAAAGCAUUAGCCAAAUUGGCAGCAGUGCUAUACAGUCCAAAUCAGUGAGAAGCUCUGCAAAACUUGCCACCACAAAUUUCACUUCUGAAUGCACUAGUGCAAAGACUCUCCUUGCACAUGAACACUUGUCCAAUCAGGGCACAGAACGGACCAAACCCACCAAAGCACAGCAGUUGAAAAGGAGAAGCUCUGAAAAUGUUGAGAAACUAGCAGGAGAGGCUGUGGCAACUAAGAAGCCUUGUCAAGAUCUUUCAAAAGAGAAAAGUCCAUCUACUCAUAAAGGAUCUAACAGGGAAACACCAGACAACAGGAGAAAGAGUGAUGGGGAUUUCAUUUCUCCUACGCCUCCUAAAGAGAAGUCAAACACUCCGAAGCUCCUGAAAGGAACUCCCAAGCACAGACCUUCAAGAGAUCUCUCAUUGAAGGAAAAUACUCCGCAAUCUUUACGUCCUAGAGAGAAAUUAUCAGGUCGCCAAAAGCAGGCUUCAAAACCAUUGAGAGUUUCAAGAAACCUAGAGAGUCGAAAGGAAGUCCAAUCACAGGAGAAAAUAAAAUCCCCGGUUUCAAGGAAGCAGGGUUGUUUGGGAUCGGUGGCAGCAGCUUCCAAGACUCCACAGCUCAAAUCUCCUCUAGGUCCACAAGAUGAUCUGAAUGCGGCACUUGGAGAGUCACAGCUCAAUCUCAAAUGGGAUAGUGACAGCAGCCUGGAAAUUGAGCCUCCCACUCCUUUACGAGGCAAGCCCACUCCUGGAGAGCGUCACUGCACCUUUCCAAGACAUUCGUCCUCUGAAGGAGAAGGAUCUUCUGCUUCAGUCCAACAGACUUCUCCAAAACCUUCGGCCACCCAGGGUAGCUUCACUGUCAUCGAUGUCUGCUCCAGUAAGGAGCUCUUCCAGAUGUUCUUAAAGGAGUGGGGCACUAAAUCCAGGUACUCUCUUUCAGUGGCCUGUGAGAAAUACCAUCCCCCAGUAGAAGACAGAGGAAUCGGAGGGAAUAUCAGACAAGCUGCCCCAAGACUGAAGGAGCAUGAUACAUUGAAUGGCUUCCAAGUUGGAGAUGAGAGCUUGGUGGUGAUUGGUCUGUCAAUUUGCUGGGAGGACAAAGAUGCCUACUUCAUAUCCUUCCAGAAGGAAUUAGGCAGUGUUGAUCCAGACGACAGCUUAGUCCAGCCUCCUCUGGACCCAACCCUACCAGUUGACCAACGCCUGCAUGCAGUGAAGAAGCACCUGGAGUUAGAGAAGAUAUCAGUCCGAAAGAGGUCGCAACAAGUUGUCAGACUGGCAUUUGACUGCAAAGGACAUUACAAGGUGUUGAGUUGUAGUUGUGGUAUUAGCCUUGGUAGUGGGUUGGCAGACCCUAAGGUGGCUCAUUGGCUAAUUAACCCUGGAGCUGAGGAGAGGAACCUGCACGGGCUGGUCACUCACUUCACACCCCAAGAAGCCACACUCUUGGAAGGUAUGAGUGGCGGUUUGGGCUUGGGCAGUCUGGCUCUGGCACCCCAGGAGUCAGGCACGGGCCGUCUCAGGGCAGCCACAGAAUCCGUCCUGGUCUUAGCUCUCAUGGACCACCUGGAACCCACCCUGAGGAAGGAGGGACUUUACAAAGCAUUCACUGAGGUUGAAAUGCCCAGCAUGAGGGUCUUGGCCCGCAUGGAGCUGACGGGUUUUGGCUUCAGCCAGGCUGAGUGUGAGUCCCAGAAGGCUGUCAUGCAAGCCAAGCUGGCAGCUUUGGAGGAGCAGGCCUAUCAGAUGGCUGGUCAUGGCUUCUCGCUCACAUCACCUGACGACAUUGCUCAGGUCCUGUAUGUUGAGCUCCGCCUGCCACCAAAUGGUGACCCCACCCAAGCCUCCACCACAACCACCACCACCCUCCGCAAGACUCUCGGCACCCGGGGCAGCCGACAGCACCUCCCCAAACACUUCAGCACCUGCAAGGUAGCCCUGGAGAAGCUCCGCCCCUUCCACCCACUGCCUGGAGUGGUGCUAGAGUGGCGUCGGAUCACAGCAGCCGUCAGCAAGGUGGUGUACCCUCUGCUGAAGGAGCUACAGAUUGAUGCCCAGUUGGGAGGGGAGAGGAUCUAUGCCUCCUGUCAGACCCACACUGCUACAGGUCGGGUUUGUCUGUUCGACCCCAACCUUCAAGCCAUCCCUCGUGACUUUGAGAUUGAAAUGCCCUCCGCCAUUGGCGAGAGCCCACCCCAGGGUUCAGCGGUGCCCACUGGGCUGUCAUGCCGCACAAGGGCUCGGGUGCGACAGACGCAGGGGAGAGUUCAGCCAAGCAACAAGCGCUGCAUGGACAAGGGAGGUGGUGAACUCGCUCCGUCUUGUGCUGUCAGUGUCCGGCAUGCAUUCUGUCCAUUUCAAGGAGGUGUGCUCCUUGCCGCCGACUACUCUCAGCUGGAGCUGCGGAUCCUGGCUCACCUGUCAGGAGAUGCCAAGCUGGCAGGCAUCUUGAAUGGUGGCGGAGACGUCUUCAAGUGCAUAGCUGCCCAGUGGAAACAGAUAGCGGAGAGUCAGGUCACCCCCAAGCAACGCCAACAAGCAAAGCAGAUAUGCUAUGGCAUGGUGUAUGGCAUCGGAGCCAAGGCACUGGGCCUGCAGCUUGGAGAGUCUGAAGAAGAUGCAGCAGCCUUCAUGGACUCCUUUAAGACUCAGUACGGGGGAAUGAAGAACUACAUCCGGGACACCGUCGAGAGCUGCCGGACCAACGGCUUCGUGCAAACCCUCCUCCGCCGCAAACGCUUCCUACCAGCUAUCACCCACACCAACCCAGCCGCCCGCAGCCAGGCCGAGCGACAGGCUGUCAACACCACCAUCCAGGGCUCAGCCGCUGACCUAGUCAAGGUGGCCAUGGUGAGAAUUGACCGUAGGCUGGCACAGGAAUUCCCGAAUACGAGGCUGACUCACCGGCACAGAGCGGAUGUUAAUACAGGUUUGACUCAGCGAAAGAAGAACCGUAGGGGUGCUGUCCCUACUCCCUCUGGGGCCUUCCUGGUACUGCAGCUACAUGAUGAACUCAUCUAUGAAGUCCACAGGGAGGAUGUCAUUCAGGUGGCACAGCUGGUGAAGGCCGAGAUGGAAUCGGCAAUGGUGCUCAGUGUCAGGCUACCAGUUAAGGUCAAAGUGGGUCCCACGUGGGGGAGUAUGGACGACUUGGACCUCUGAGUGUCAGGCUAUCAUUUAAGGUUGAAGUUGGUCCCAUGUUGGGAGUAUAAUAGAACUGGACCUGUGUCAGGGUACCAUUGAGGAUUUAACUCAAUCAGUACAAUCUGGAGAAUAUUAAAUUUUUGAGGUUAAGAUUUAAGCUUGAUGCUUAAAGUUUUAGGUCCAAAAAGAAUUGGGUCAAAGUUGCUGGAGUAGUGACAAAAUAGUGUAAUGUAAAUGCAUAUGUAUAAGUUUUUUGAUAUCUAAAAUAAGGGCAAAUCUAAGGUCAAUGAACUGUCAUAUUUUUUUUUAAUUGAAGAAUAUCUCAAUAUACUUAAUGCAUAUGUGACAAGUCCAAUCAUAGAAUCUCAAGGCAUUAGAAGUUAGCAGAUAGACUUGGGAACAGGUUAACAGCAAUAUUUUUUGUAAUUUUCAAAUACUUUUACCUGUAUUGUUAUUUUUUUUUGUAAAAUGGCUGUUUCUACUGCAAAAGAGUCAGAGUUCUCUGAGAUGGUACGAAUUAGUGAAUGCCAAUUGAAGUGGGAUCAGUCACCAUGAGGUCUGCACCAUGGCUCGUUGGGGGCAUUGUUUAGUCUUACCAACACAGCUUUUUUUUCAUUUCAAUUUUUUUACCACAGUAGUAUCUUUCAAUUUGUAUUGUAAAUGCUUUAGGAAUGUUUACAAUUUAGAGGAUUUUCCAGGAGGCAAAUGACAGGAAAUUACCAUUAUAUUUUACCAUGAAUUACACUACUAUUCAGUAAUGAAUUCACGUGUGCCUUGCUGUUUUGUCUUUCAUCGGAUGUCAUUUCAAUUUUGUAUAGAAUUCUUUGCUGGAAAAAAUUUUCAGAAUUGUAUGUGUACUUGAAUUAAUAAACUUGCAAUUAUUACAAAUGCCAUUGUGUGAUAACUAAAUUCAUUUCAUUAGUUAUUGGAAACAACCAACAAACUGAACUUUCCUUUUUCCAGUUUGUUAAUAGUGCAUGUGACUUUGGUCAAGAUAUACAUGUACAUGCACAGAAGUGAAAGUAGUAAUCUUGCAGAUCAAUGAACAUUUGUGGAUGACUUUUUUCCAGUGGCCUAGAAAUUCUUUUUGAAGUAAAAGUUUGAAAAUUUUCAGACACUUUAUCAGAUUUUCCUAAUGAAAAAUUUUGUGACUAAUACAGGUUUGAAUGCAAUUUAAACAUUUUGCCUAAAAGUUCUGCUGAGCUCAAAAUGAUUCUGGAAAGCUUUUUAGGAGCAAGAUAAGUUUUCUAAUUCUUGUCAGCAUAUUUAUGAAAUUAUCGAGUGAUUCCAAUUUUCACAUUAAAUAAUACCAUUUUCAUAAUUCCUACUUUUGUAAAAAUGACUUGGAAAUACUACUUUAGGCGCAUGAUAAGGAUAUAUUCAAAGUUGAAUUUAGAAAUUUCACAGGUACAAAAAAUUGCAAGGGGUAAGCCUAGCAAUAAAUAUUUUGGGAGAAAUUUUACUUUUCUCAAAAGGAAGUGCAUUUUCAAAAGUUCUCUAAAGCAUUUUGUAGAUGUAUAAUAUGCAAGGGGUAAGCCUUGCAAUUUUACUAAUUUUGGCCAAAAAAUUUACUUUUCUCAAAUGGCUCGGAAAUACUAUUUGGAGCAAGACAAGUGUCUUUUCAAAGUUCUCUGAGGCAUUUCAUGAAUUCUUUAUGUUUUGAAGAUCUAAACUCUUGAGAAAAUAUGCAAGGGGUUGCCUUGUAAUUUAAUAAACUUCUUGUAGAAAUUUAUUUUUUCUCAAAGUAAUCCAGAAAUACUACUUGGAGCAGGAAAAGUGCAUUAUUUUUUGCAGAAAAUUUGUAAGGACUUGUUUUGGUACAUGCAGAUUUCAACAUGUAAAAUAAUUUGCAAGGGAAUUUCAUUUAAUUUUGGUCUAAAUUUACUUUUCUCAAAAUAACUCAAAAUUACUAUUGAUGCAAAAUAAUUGUAUUUUCAAAGUUCUGAGGCAUUUCAUGAAUUGUAUGUGUGCUGUGGAUCUCAACAUAUAUUGUAGGUAGAUAGGUAAUUGAAUUUUCAAUGCUCCGUGAAGCAUUUUAUACCUCAUUUUGUUUUAUACAAAUCACAAAUAUAAAUAAUUUGCAAAUGGGUAGCCUUGCUGUUUAAUCAAAUUUUGGCCAAAUGUUAAUUUAUCAAAAUGGCUCAGAAAUAAUAUUUGGAGCAAGAUAAUUGUAUUUUUAAAGUUCCUGGGCAUUUCAUGAAUUAUCUAUGUGUUGCAAAUAAUGACAUACAAAAAAAAAAGUUGCAAAGGUUAUCUUUGAAAUGUAAUCAAAUUUUGGUUAAAUGUUACUUUUUAUAAAAAUGACUCAGAAAUACUGUUCGUAGCAGGAAUGGUAUAUGUUCAAAUUCUAUGACGCAUUGUAUGACUUGUUUUGGGGGUGUAUAUACAUAUCUACACAUAUGAAACAGUGCAAGGGUUAGCUUUGAAAUUUAAUUUGAUUUUGGGUAAAAUCUUACUUUUUCCAAAGUGACAAAAAAACUACUCUUCAGAAUCAGAACAUGAAUUUUUAAAGUUCUCUGAAGCAUUUUAUAUAUUAGUUUUUCAAUAUGCAGAUCAGAACGUAAAUAAUUUCCAAGGAAGGGGUUCAAACCUUGUCGUUCUAUUUAUUUUUCACAAAAAUGCUGGUCUUUUUUUUCAAAAUCACUCAGAUUUCUAUUUGAAGCAAGGCGGAGUAGUACGGACUUGAGGCAACGACCCAACUUGAGUAUAACACAAUUUAGGGGAUUCACAAUUUGGGGACUCUGAAGCCCCAAUAGGUAAAUGACUCGAGCCACUGCAAGUAAAUGGCUUAAUUCCAAAAGAGCUGGGUUAUUUGGGCCCAUCUCACUGCUAAGGUGAUUCUCCCCCCCCCCCAAACUCGGCUGUGCCUCACUUAAUUUUUUUGAACUUGGCAUAAUGCAAAGACAUUCCUUUAAUAGGACUCCUUGAGUCUCUCAUCACAAGACCAGACUCCGGUGAAAGUUAAUAACACUCGAUUUCCCAAAAAAUAAAAGCAACUUCUUUGCAAAAUAAUAUUU